UCUGGAUGUAGUAUGCUUUGCAGAUUGUGGUUGUUGUUUCUCAAAGAAACAACCCGUGUCUUGAAGAAAAACAUUGAAAGUCUGAACUCAUGGCGUCUACACUGGAUUUCAAAACACAUGCUGACCAGUCAUGCAGGUAUGCGGAGGAAUUCGUCAACAUUUAUUAUGACUGCAUGGAUAAAAAAAGGAGGAAUCUAACCCGCCUUUACCUGGACAAAUCCACCCUGGUGUGGAAUGGGAACACAGUUUCGGGCCAGGAUGCAUUAAACGAGUUUUAUGAGACCCUUCCAUCAAGCGAGUUCCAGGUUUACACACUGGACUGUCAACCCGUCCAUGAACAAGCUACCCAGGGCCAGACAACGAUAUUGGUGGUGAGCUGUGGAGUUGUUAAAUUCGAGGGGAACAAACAACGUUUUUUCAACCAGAACUUUCUGCUAACAGCGCAGGCUACACCGAACAGUGAGCAGCCUGUCUGGAAGAUUGCCAGUGACUGUUUCCGUUUCCAAGACUGGCAAAGCUAAACUUUUCCUGGAACAUUUUUAUUUUCUCCCUUCUCUUGGAUACCCCCAACCCCCACCGUAGGGCUCAACAUACCAACAUUUAUUAUGCCUUUUUAUUUUAAAUAAAAUAAGCCACAAAACCCUUUA